AUGCCCCCCUCGACGCAAUCCCGCUCUAUCAGCUGCGGCCCAUUGAUGUCACCAACACAGUCCAAGUACCCGGACGAUUUGCCGCGCCCCCCCCGAGGUCGAAUGAACCAGUCCGGCAUUCCUGGUGAUCAUGCCGAGCUCCUGUCCAUGUUUGAUGCCUGCAUCAAGGUCGGGAGACUGGAGCGGGCCGCCAUGGUCGCCAGACGUCUCGAGGAACUGGGCGGUCUCUCGGUGCUCGAAAUGCUUCAGAUCCACCACGCCUAUCUGAGGGCCCGAAUUGCGAGGAUAGAGAUGGGCGGGGAAGAUGUGGAAACGUCUGGCAAGUCGGCAGGCGAAGACGUUUUCUCUCUCUACGAAACCCGGAUUCAUGGAGUGCUGCCGGCCAGGAGCGAGACCAUCGGGUACAUGCUGAAGCUGUCACUGCUUUGCUGUACCGGCUCCAAAUUGCGGACCCGGGUGAAUAGGUUUAUGAGCCUGCUACCCGAGAACACCACGAUGGAUCUAGGCGACAUCUUGUCCUCUGAGGACCUGGCCAGGAUAGCAAAAAUCAGUCCUUCCCUCACCUACACUGUGGCCGAGCCUUCCCCCAUCGAACCCGAGCCGGCACCCAAGAUCAACGAUGAAACAGCCCAAUUCUUCAACCAGACCAAGUCUUCCAUCGACUCCAAGUCGACCGUUCCUCCCGAGGUCCUUGCCACAACACAAAAAGGUCUUGGCCUCACAUCACUAAAGAAGACCAUUUCACUCUUCACUGAGGUCCCAGAUGGCCGAGACAUCAGCUCUCUUUCUCCAGCGGAGCGGAGGGAGAUCCAGUCUCGCUUGGAGAAGGAUACAAUCGAUGCCGCCGUCGACCGUUGGCGCAAGGAAAGUCAGGCAAUGUCCGAGAUGGGACUUGGCUUGUCGAGUCCUGGUCUUAACGCCAGGCUUUUCGAGUGGCAUACCGACCUGCAGCGUAGGAUUUCCCAAGAGAUAAAACUGGCGGUCGAGUCCGAAAAGAGACAGAAAAAGACGAGUGAUGACCUUGUUCGGAGCCAAUUGACGCCGUACCUCCUCCAAUCAACUCCUGAUCGUCUUGCGGCCGUAGUCAUCCUCUCCUUGCUCAGUCUGGUUUCCACAUAUGGUGUCGAUAAGGGCGUUCCUCUCACCAGGGUCGUGCAUCACCUCGCGAGCAGCGUCGAAGAAGACAUUCGAGUCUACAAGGCAACGCAGAGCAUCCCAAAAGAGAUGGCCAGGACGCAAAAGGCUCGUGAGCAAAAGGCGAAGACGCUCUUGAAGGUGGCCAAGGCGCGCGACUACUAUGCGGCCAAGAGAGGAGGCCAGGAAGAGCCAGCGCAAGCGGCCAAUGAUGGCAAGGUCUUUUCCUCUGACUUGCCAUUGCCGAUUUUGGAGCCAAGGUGGCCUGCGACCACCAAAACCAAAUUCGGCGCUCUGCUGCUGGGCGCUUUUCUGGACACGGCAAAGGUGACCGUCGUCAGGGAGCACCCGGAGACCAAGGAGCUCGUCUCGCAGAUGCAGCCCGCCUUCUCCCAUUCAACCCAGCUGAGGAGGGGAAAGAAGGUUGGCGUCAUUGUGCCCAAUCGCGCCCUGGUCGAUAUCCUGAAGACGGAACCUCGAGUUGAGGUGCUUGCCCGGCAUCUGCCCAUGGUGGUCGAGCCAGAGCCAUGGACCAAGUGGGAGAAGGGCGGGUUCAUCGAAUAUCCGACAUCCGUGGUUCGAGCCAAGGCACAGGAGAAGGAUCAGCAGAUCUACACCGAGGCCGCCAUCGAGAGAGGCGACAUGGAGCAGAUGAUGAAGGGGCUCGAUGUGUUGGGGCAAACAGCUUGGAGAAUCAACCGCAAGGUGUUCGAUGUCAUGCUUGAAGCCUGGAACAACGGAGCAGAAGUCGCCAACAUUCCAGCCGUGAACCCCAACCUGCCGAUGCCGCCCGAGCCUGAAAACCUGGACGACCCCUUGGCCCGACGUGUUUGGCUCAAGGCUGUCAAGGCCGUCGAGAACGAAAAGGGCGGUCUGCACUCGCAGCGAUGCUUUAUGAAUUUCCAGUUGGAGAUCGCACGAGCCUUCCGUGACCAGACUUUCUUCUUCCCUCACAAUCUGGAUUUCCGUGGGCGAGCGUACCCGGUUCCGACCUACCUUAACCAUAUGGGUGCUGACCACAUGCGCGGCCUGCUCAAGUUUGCCAAGGGAAAGCCGCUGGGCACCAACGGGCUGCGGUGGCUCAAGAUCCAUCUCGCCAACGUCUACGGUUUCGACAAGGCGAGUUUGGCCGAGCGUGAGGAGUUUGCCAAUGAAAACCUUCAGAACGCGCUCGACUCGGUUCGGAACCCGCUGAAUGGCAACGGCUGGUGGCUCAAGGCCGAGGACCCAUGGCAAUGCCUUGCGACCUGCUUUGAGCUGACAGACGCCCUGGAGCACCCGGACCCUACUAAGUUCGUGUCCCACCUCCCAAUUCACCAAGACGGCACCUGCAAUGGUCUUCAGCAUUAUGCCGCUCUCGGUGGUGACGCGUGGGGUGCCGAGCAAGUCAAUCUCAUUCCCGGCGAGCGGCCGGCCGAUGUCUACUCGGCCGUCGCUGAUAUCGUGGCAAAACGCAUAGACCAUGACGCCGACGAGCUCAAGCUUGACCUCGCGGUAGCCCUCAAAGGCAAGAUCGUCAGAAAGGUGGUUAAGCAGACCGUCAUGACGAACGUCUACGGCGUCACUCGAACAGGUGCCAGAAAGCAGAUCCUGAAACAGCUGGAUGCCCUCUAUCCCACCAUUGAGGCUGACACCGGUAUCAAUCCCAACGUGCUCGCCUCCUACUGCACUAGCAAGGUGUUUGACGCACUGUCUAGCAUGUUCAAGGGCGCCCACGACAUCCAGAAGUGGCUAGGUGAAAUAGGCGGCCGUGUAUGCCAGUCACUGAACGCCGAGCAGCUGAGAAGGAUUGCCAUGGAGGAGCAGGAUGAGGUCGAGCACCAGCAGGCCCAGCAGGCCUUGUAUGAAGCCGAUUCGCACAGACCGCGGCCCAAAAAAGCAGCAUCUGACGAGGUUGCUAUCAUGGCACCCAAGCGGAAGUCGAAGUCGCUCAGAGCGGUCAAGAACGAAUCCACGCUUGAAGCUCUCAAGGAAAAGUUUCUCUCCACCAUCGUAUGGACAACGCCCCUGCGGAUGCCUGUGGUGCAGCCAUACCGUAACACGGCCAAUCGUGUGAUCGCGACCUGUCUUCAAAAUCUCAGCCUCAUGGACACGAAUCGAUCCGACCCUGUGAACCGACGUAAGCAGCUGCAGGCUUUCCCGCCCAACUUCAUUCACUCUCUCGACGCCAGCCACAUGAUGCUGUCGGCGUUGGAGUCUGAUGAGCGUGGCCUGACGUUUGCGGCCGUCCACGAUUCGUUUUGGACACACGCGUCUGAUGUAGACAUCAUGAGUGACAUCAUCAGGGACUCGUUCAUUAGAAUCCACGAAGAGGAUGUCAUUGGCCGCCUGAAGCGCGAGUUUGAAGCCCGCUUUGGUGAUUCCGUAUACCUCGCCACCGUCGUCAAGAACACACCGGCCGGGAAAGCGAUCGAAGAUUGGCGGAAGGUCUUUCGCAUGACAGCCCGUCAAGAGUUGUUGCUCGAAGUGAAGCGGCUCAAGCUUCUCAAGUCGGAGGUUCCCUCGGAGAGACUCGAAGGCGAGGAAAUGGUUACGCCUGCUAGCAUCCUUGAGAAGUUGGGUUCACCUGACUCGAUGGUCGGCGCCGCCGAGGCGGUGGAAGCGGAGGCGGACACAACGGCGACACCGGAGGAUGGCAUGGAGGACGGCAUGGAGCACGGCAUGGAGGGCGAGGCUGACGCAACAGAGCUCUUGGGAGAGGGAGAACAAGCCGACGAGUCCGCCCAAGUGUCUGGGAAGAAGUGGGAGAAGAACCUUUUCUCGGCAAGAAAGGACAAAAGUUUUCCUAAUAAUACAACACAGCAACAAAAAGUCACUGUCUGGCUUCCACUGACCUUCCCCGACAUCCCGGCCAAGGGCGACUUUGACAUUCAAAUGCUGAGGCAGAGCAAGUACUUUUUCUCAUGA